CAAAAAAAAAGCCAACAUGGAGGAGAGCUCCGUAAAACAAAUACCCGAAAACCUCGAUGAUCCUCCCAAUAGUCGACUUUUCGUGAUCACGAGUCGGUCUAUAACUGAAGAUGAGAUUCGGGAAAGGUUUGCUGAAUUUGGGGACAUCCAGGGUGUUUGGGGGGUCAAAGACAAGCAGACAAAGGAGUCCAAAGGCGUCGCCUACGUGAAGUACGCCAGGUCCUCACAGGCCUGCUUAGCUAUGGAGGAAAUGCAUGGAAAAGUGUUGGUGGAUGGAACUAAACCAAUUAAGGUAUUUAUCGCUCAGUCACGUUCGUCCACAAAACACAGAGAUGUAGAGGACGAGGACCUGACGAGGAUUUUCGUCAUGAUCCCAAGGACCUUCACAGAGGAGGAUCUCAAGAAAACAUUCAAAGAGUAUGGAGAUAUUGAGUACUGUGUCAUUAUCAAAAACCGGAGCACAGGUGAAAGUAAAGGACUCGGCUACGUGAGGUACUACAAGCCCUCCCAGGCUGCCCUCGCUAUAGAGAACUGUGACAAAUCUUACAGGGCCAUCCUGGCUGAACCUCGAUUCAAGGCUAACACCUCAGAUGAUUACUCUGUAGGAGGAGGCGGCGGCGGCGGAGGAGGAGGAGGAGGAGGAAUAAUGGGACCAGGACCCAGAAUGGAUUACUCCAGCUAUGCGAAUCCUGUAGCAGCUGAUCCCGGGAGCUACACGGCCAUGGAUUUCCGCUACAAUGAAUUCACGCGCACGCUGAUGCUGUCCACACGGGCCGCGCUCACCCAGGAGCAGAUUUUUGCUCUGUUUGACCUCAUCCCUGGCAUGGAGUACUGCGAGCUGCAGAGGGAACCGUUCGGAAUGGGCAAAGGCUACGCUUUGAUCCGCUACAGUAACCUUGGUUCAGCGAUUUAUGCCAAAGAAAAGCUCAACGGCUUUGAGUAUCCGCCUGGAAACAGAAUCCAGGUGUUUUUCCAUGACGAUGGAGAGAGUUCUGUCAGUCGGAUGUCAAAGCAGUUUGUUCAGACUCAAAUAAUGACGUCGACGUGGAACGGAGCCUCCGGCCUCCAGAUGAUGAAACCUGGCUACUCAUCGUGCUCAUCAGCAUCUCGACUUCAGACAGACGUUAACCUGCCGCCUCAGAAGAAGCUUGCUCCAUCCGACAGCAUCGCCAGAGAGCGCCUGUUUGUCGUGUUCCACCCCUCCCCCCUGCCCCACGACGUGCUGGAGGACAUUUACUGCCGCUUCGGUUCUCUUAUCGAGGUCCAUUUGGUGCCAGGAAGGAAGGUUGGAUACAUGAAGUAUGCUGACAAAAAGUGUGCUGAUGACGCCAUGGCAAUGCUCAACGGUCAGGUCAUUAAUGGAGUGAAGAUGAAGGUGAUGCUGGCUGAUCCUCCCAGAGAGGAGUCUCACAAACGUCCUCGUACCUACUGAGCAUGAGCUGAACGGUGACUGUUGCCAUGACACUGACACCUGACCUGACAGACCAACAGACAUCCACACCGUCUCUCGACCUCUGACCCCGACCUUUGACCCCUGUCUGACUCGUAAUCAGCUGAAGAGCAACAUGUACACUGUGUUGUGGUCAGUCAUGCAUUUGUUUUAUUAUGUGUAGAUUUUAGCUGUUAGGACUGAAAACACGUGAACUUUUAAAACUCAGUGUUUGUCACAAUGUCCUUAAGACGGAGAGCAGAGUUUAGUUCAUCGAAGCUGAUCUGAAGUUGCUUCAGAUCUGGUUUUAGUUUUGUUCAUGGACAGUCUGACCUGUAAUCUCACAAUGUUGACUCGUUUAAAACAUGUUUGUUUUUUCAUCUGAUAAUAAAAAAAC